AUGACUAGUUAUAUGGAUUUCAAUGAAACAACAACGAUAAUAAUGUUAGAAAAUGAAUCAACAACAACAUCAAUCAAUGAAUCAUCAUUAGAUGAUCUCUGUAAAAAUUUUCAUCUUAUCAUUUUUCUUUGUAUUAUAUUUAUAUUAAUUGUUUCGGCAAAUAUUUCUGUUAUUUUACAAUUAUGUUGUUCAAAAAAACGUCGUAGUCGAAUGAGUUUUUUUCUAUUAAAUCUUGCUUAUGCUGGUAAGUUAGUUUUUCGUUAG